CCGUCCUCUCGCUCGCCGUAGUGACGCGUUCAGACCAGGAAGUGAAGACUGCACGCUGCCGUGUGAGGAGGCGAGGAUCUGCUUGGAUCGGUUUAGCUCGGUUUGGCCCGGUUCGGACCGGGUUUAGUUCUGUGUUUUUGGGGUUUAGUGUCGGGUCUCUGUCAGUGUGUGACGUCAUGUCGGCGGUGGGCUGUGUACCUGGACAGUUUGAUGACGUAGACGAGGACAGCGUCCAAUCAGAGAGUCGGAUCUGUGAUGAUGUCACUCUGCAGCCGCCAUCAGACCGACAGGAAGAGGAAGAGGAGUAUUAUGAUGAAGAUGAUGAUGAAGAUGAUGAUGAGGAGUGGGCGUGGCGUUCAGCCGGAGAUCUGACCAAACGCUACAACGCUCUGAGCUGUCAGUCCAACAGACAGAAUCCGUCCAAUAAGAUGCUGCCGUCGGCUCCAUCGGACAAAUCUCUGAGGAAGUACGAACACAAGAUCAACCUGGAUCAGCUGAACUACGCCGACUCGGUGAUCAACAAAGUGAAGUCGAUGCAGAAACAGAAAGACGCCGACACGUUCAGAGUGAAGGACAAGUCGGACCGUGCCACAGUUGAACAGGUUUUAGAUCCCCGGACCAGAAUGAUUCUCUUCAAGAUGUUGAGUCGAGGCGUCAUCUGUGAAAUCAACGGCUGCAUCAGCACCGGCAAGGAGGCGAACGUGUACCACGCCGGGACGGCGUCUGGCGACAGCCGAGCCAUCAAGAUCUACAAGACAUCCAUCCUGCUGUUCAAAGACAGAGACAAAUACGUUAGUGGAGAGUUCAGGUUCCGUCACGGUUACUGUAAAGGGAAUCCCCGGAAGAUGGUGAGGACCUGGGCCGAGAAGGAGAUGAGGAACCUCAUCAGGCUGCAGACAGCAGGGAUCCCGAGUCCAGAACCUCUGCUGCUCCGGAGUCACGUUCUGCUGAUGAGCUUCAUCGGAAAAGACAACAUGCCGGCGCCGCUGCUGAAGAAACGCCGCUGUCGGAGGCCCGAGCUCUACCUGCAGGUUCUCCAGAACAUGAGGAGGAUGUUCCAGGAGGCUCGGCUGGUCCACGCAGACCUCAGCGAGUUCAACAUGCUGUAAGACACACACACACACACACACACACACACACAGACA